CGGGUGCAGGCCGCGCCUGCGCUGGGCGUCGCUAGAGGAGGACGCCGCCAUGCCACUGCGCUCCCGGCUGUACAGCGUGUUCUUCCGCCGCACCUCCACCUUCGCCCUCACCAUCGUGCUGGGGGCCCUCGUCUUCGAGCGCGCCUUCGACCAGGGCGCGGACGCGUUCUACGAGCGCCUGAACCACGGGAAACUGUGGAAACACAUCAAGCACAAGUAUGAGACACCAGAAAAAUGAAGUGAGCUGCAGGAGCCAUGCGGGGGUGCCUGUAUCCCCGUUUGCAACUCUUCAGUUGCCUGAUACCAGUUACCAAGAAUGAAAAUGGGCUUCUGACUGAAGAAAUCUGAGCCAGAGUACAUCACCAACUUCAUUAAGAUUUCUGCCACAGAUGGACUUAAGGAUUUACUCCUGCUGUGUUAAACGUUCUGUUAAACUAAUAAACUCACUAACCAAUA